GCUGGAGCUGUUCCUCGCUGGGGAAUUGGGGUUUUUUUUUCGCCAUGUGUGUUGUUGCAGCUGAUCUGGUUUUGUGUUGAAGUCGAGUCCCUCAUCAUGUGAUGAGGGAGAGCAGCCCCGGAUGGUUCUGGAGCUGGGACAAAGAUGACACUGGAGGACCCGUUUGUGUUGGUGAGAGGAGAGGUUCAGAAGGCGGUGAACACAGCCCGCGGACUGUACCAGCGAUGGGGGGAGUUACUACAGGACACCCAGGCCGUCAGCAGAGAGGAAUAUGACUGGACGACCAAUGAGCUCCGGAACAGCCUGCGCAGUAUUGAGUGGGACCUUGAGGAUCUGGAUGAGACAAUCAGCAUUGUGGAAUCAAAUCCUCGGAAGUUCAAGAUUGAGACUGCAGAACUGCAAGAGAGGAAAGCAUUUGUCCUCAGAAUGAGACAAACUGUGAAGGAAAUGAAAGAUCACAUUACAAGUCCUGCUGCUGUUGCGUUUGGAGAAAGGAGGAACCGACAGAGUCUGCUUGGGGGCAUUGAGGACCAGCACAAGCCCAUGGACAGAUACAGGCGCCUGGACCAGGAGCUGGAGAAUGUCAACUCCCAGUACAUUGAGGAGCAGAGGGCCCAUCAGCAGCUGAUAAUGGAACAGCAAGAUGACCAACUGGAUCUGGUCCUGGGAAGCAGUGCGGUCCUAAAGAGCAUGUCAACACAAAUCGGCGAAGAGUUGGAGGAACAGGCAGUGAUGCUUGAUGAAUUUUCCCACGAGUUGGACAACACCCACUCCCGGCUCGACAGCACAUUGAAGAAACUGGCCAAAGUUUCUCACAUGACCAGUGCUCGGCGUCAAUGGUGUGUCAUUGUCGUUCUCCUCAUCAUCCUGAUCGUAGUGCUCAUCUUAUUAUUCACCCUCUGACCGUUGACCAUGGGAUGUUGAACUGUGAACCACUUGGGUUGCCGGGGACAGUCAGCAACUGGAAUGUUCACGGUGGGAGGCAGCAGCAGCAGCAAGUUUCCUGGAGCUGGGGUAGAGUUCUCCAAGUGACCAAACCUACUUGCUCUGAGGGCUUUUUAUUUGGAACUUUUGGUUUGUAUCCAAUAUGACUGAACCUGCCGCACGUACGUGGAGCGGGAGGAAUGUAAAAUACCUUUUUUUUAACUUUUGGAAUGGGUUAGCUUGCACUUAUUAGACUGUUCAUAGUGGACACUAAGUAGUUACUUUAGAAUCGGAACGACACCUAACCACCUGCUUCAUAGCUUAUUCAUAAAUAACAGUUAGCAGCAAACUCCGCUUCCUCCCACUGACCGACAGAACCGGUGGUCAGGUCAGAUGUAUGAAUGCUAAAGCAUUGUGGCAUUAGUGGGGAGAGUAAUCUUUCAGCUAAGGAACGGAGGUGAUGAGGGAUUCCCUGGGCUUUCAGCAGGUCUGCCCAAUAGGUUGGAGUUUCAGUAACUCACAGCAGCUCAUGCAAAAUAAUUCCUGCAGUCUGACUCCCCUUGAAGGAGAUGCACUGGAACCCCUUUUCCUUGCAGGCAUUGUGUAUUACCGUUCUCAAUCAGACCACUGUGGAUUCAAGUCCCAGUCCAGAGACCUGAACUCUCAAUCCAGGCUGACACUGCCAGUGACAGUGCUGCACUGUCAGAAGUGCCAUCUGUCAGUCCAUUCUAAAAGGAGCGAUCUUCUGUUAUUAGAAUGGAUCAGAAGCAAAGGUUGUACCAUGAUUGAAAGUGUCACGGAGGCUCAGUCCAUUUUUUAAAAAAAAAAUUUUGAAUUUUUGACAGUUAUUUUAAAUUUUGAUCAUUUUCAAUAAUGAAAUGGAUAUCCCAGUCAAGAUGGGAGUAUGUUUUGAGCAGGAUAUGACAUGCUGGUGUUUUGCUGUAUAUUGCUACUUUUAUUGUCAAUAGUCACUGGGGAGGUGGUGAGAUGCAGUCAAUAUAAUCUUAGCAAGUUGCUUCAGUUACACCCCUACAGAUGGUACAUAUCACAGCCUCAAGUACCAGUCGUAGAGGGAGUGCAUAUUGAGUGUAGAGAUAGAUUCCUUCUGUCCUGGAUGGUGUUGAAUGGAAGAUGUUGUGUCUAUGUCCAGUCCUGUGAGUAUUCCCAGCACCAGCUGCCCUGUACCAGUUCAUGAAUGAUUGGAUUUGACUUAACAGUCAGAGAUUGGCAUGUUUCCAGGCUGAUUCCCUUUCCAGUUCAUACACAUGGGGCAUCACAACUUGAGGAUUGCAAUUCCAGAAAUAAGUUUUGAUAAGGUUACGAAAGAAGAACUUUUGCAGACAAUGUGGACAGAUCUCAAAGGUGCUUUAUACAAUGAAUUCUGUUCCUUUCUGGCUGCUGUCAGUUAUCUUGUUUGUGGUACAGAAUCCAGAAACCAAUUCUUCAAAAGAAGUAAAUGAACAUGCAUUUCUGUGUUUAUGCUUUAAGGUACUGUUUUUUUUUAACUGGGGCAAGGGGUGAUGUUUAAAGAUGAGGAAAUAAUUGCUAGGAGGAGUGUGUGACUCCAGCAGGGAUAUUUCUGUUAUUGUUUCAUAACUACAUCAUAAUACUUUCUUAUUAAAAAUGUGACAAUGGAGAGAGUUGAAACUGUGUACAAAGGUAUUUGUAAUAAAAUAGGCAUUUAAAAUAA